AUGGAAUACAAUCGAUGGAAUGAUAAAGUCGAUGAUCAUCAUUGGGGUGAUUAUUAUUUGUCUGGUGGUCGCAAAGGUAAAAAGUCAUGGGCGCUUGAAUUGGUACACACUGUUAAUCAGAUGAUACCGAGUUUCAAUGAGAUUUUCGAUGAGGAAACAUUUUAUGCGUUCGCAUUCAUCGUGGUCAUUUGUUCAAUACUAGUAGCGGUGUUCUUAUCGAAAGUGGUCGGUAUUCGGAUUCGUGAAUACCCACUGAAUGUGGAUCGAGAGUGGAGAGACGCAAGACCCGCGAAUCCGUUUCAUUUCCCGUGGGAUCGAACACGUUGA